AGACUCAGCAGAAGCUCAAUUUUACCACUUUUGUAUAUUCGGAGCUGUGGAUUGAUUUUUGCACAAUGCCUGAAGCUAAAAACCACACGGAGUCCGUAUCCAAUAAGAGACGAUUGUCUGAUGUAGCAAACGAACCGCAAACCGAGAAUGGCGAUGACUCCUCCUCUGACGAUGACUUUGGUCCAGCGCUCCCGUCCGCAGCUGCUCCAAAGAAGAAGAGGCGCAAACUUGCCUUUGAGAAAGUCUACGUCAACGCGCUACCUACAUCCCAACGGUAUUCAAAGUCACUUAUGCAUCGCGACCAACUGUCAUUCGUGAAUUUCACUCCGUCGACCGACUUUCUCAUUACGAGCUCGAUUGAUGGUGUCGUCAAGUUCUGGAAGAAGAUGGCUGUUGGGGUGGAGUUUGUCAAGGAGUUCCGAGCGCAUGCUGGUGAGAUUACGAGCACGACUGUCAGCGCGGAUGGUAGGAGUUUUGCUACGGCGGGGACGGAUAAGACUGUUAAGAUCUUUGAUAUUAUUACUUUUGAUCUUCUAGCCAUGUUUGAUCUGGUGUUCACUCCCCGAUGCGUCUGCUGGGUACAUAAACGUGGUGCAUCCCUGCCACUGCUGGCUGUUACCGACGAAGCAACACCGUCAAUAACCAUAUUUGACGGACGAGGAGAGAAUCGCGAGCCAUUGCAUACUUUGACCUCGAUUCACAGGAAGCCGGUAGUAGCAAUGGCAUUCAAUAAUAUAUACGAUUGCGUUAUCUCAGCUGACGAAGCUGGGAUGAUUGAGUACUGGAGACCUUCAGACGACUUUUCAAAACCAGAUAAUGUCUUUGAGCUAAAGUCAUCUACGAAUCUGUUCGAAUUUCGAAAGAAGAAAUCGGUACCCUCGUCGAUUACAAUCUCGCCAUCUGGCCAACAAUUCGCUACUUUUUCAUUUCCCGAUCGACAAGUCCGGGUGUUUGAUUUUCAGUCUGGGAAGUUGUAUAGGACGUAUGACGAGUCAUUGACCACAAUCACCGAUAUGCAAGAAGCCGGGACGGCACUGGAGCGACUAGGGGAAGUCGAGUUCGGACGUCGAAUAGCAGUUGAGCGCGAGAUUGAGAAUCCCGUGACGCGGUCCAAGAUCAAUGUUAUUUUUGAUGAGUCGGGUUAUUUUAUACUAUACGGCUCCCUUCACGGCAUUAAAUGCAUUAACACAUUCACCAACCGCGUUGCCCGCGUUUUCGGCAAGGACGAACCCUUCCGAGCGCUCAAUCUUGCCGUAUACCAGGGACAACCACAAAAGAAAGGAGUUAUUACAGUUAGUAUGGCCGCCAGUUCCAAUCCUCUGCUCCAAGAAUCCGAAGAACGCGAUCCAAUCCUCGUAUCUACAGGAUUCGGCAAAGUCCGAUUCUACAUGUUCACCAACGAAACCGAAAUCAAUAAAUCCACACGCGACAUUCAAAACGAAAAACCGCGUGAAGGGGACAUCACGUCGAAGGAAUCACAAACCAAAAAGACCGAAUCCGGAACUUCAGCAAUCCUCCACACCACAAUGGGCGAUAUUCAUCUCCGCUUAUUCCCACAAAUCGCGCCUCUAGCUGUCGAAAACUUCGUCACGCACGCCCGGCAUGGAUACUACGACAACACAAUCUUCCACCGCGUAAUCCGUAAAUUCAUGAUCCAAGGCGGCGACCCCUUGGGCGACGGCACGGGAGGCGAGAGUAUCUGGGGCGGAGAAUUCAAAGAUGAAAUCUCACCGACCAUCAAGCAUGAUAAACCAUACACACUGAGUAUGGCGAAUGCGGGACCUAACACGAACGGGUCACAGUUCUUUAUAACGACGGAGAAGACGCCGUGGUUAGAUGGGAAACAUACGAUUUUUGGCAGGGCGGUUCAAGGAUUGGAUGUUGUGCAUCGGAUUGAGAACGUGAGGGUUAAGAAGGAGAAACCGGAGGAAGAUGUGAAGAUCGUUAGUAUUAGUGUGUCGUGAUGUACUAGUACGUUUGUAUUUAGAGAGUGUAAAAUGUGCGAAAUGUAACCCGAAAUGUCAGGGUGCCGAAUUAUAGUCAGUCUGGAUGAUAGAUGUACCUAGUAAUCGUACACAGGCUGUCCCUUACAUCCUUCUAUACAUAUCCAAAUAUUCCAUCCCUUGCAUAUCAAUUCGAAUCAAGCAAAAAUCCAGAAGGAAUGUGUAGAUCAGACAACGGAACAAUAACUCCAACAUUCCGAAGGAGACAGAUAACCGUAAAGAAACUUUAAACCUUGAUCAGCCAAGGAGUAUCUCAGACAGGGAGAGACAGUGACAAAAAAGAGAGAGAGCAAAGCUAUAUCAACACGGUCAUGAUACCCAAAAUAUAAUAAACACCGUACGUACACCCAAGUGCAAUAUGUAACCGACAAAAAGGAAAGAUAUGACACGGUUGAUGCUCACAGACGGAAGAGAAAAUUGAUUAUAUAUGCAUGCAUGCAAAAACACCCCCCAAAAAGACACAGACGAACAUCGAAGGGAAAAAAAAAUUUUCUAAUCAUGAAUCGAACUAACGGGACUUGCAGAUUUCGGCCUCUGCAGCUCCCGUUGCGAUUGUUGUUGAUGUAACAGUGGCUGUUGCUGCUGCAGCAUUUGUUGUUGUUGAUGUAAAUUCGAUGCUGAUGCUGACUGCAUACUCAAUCUGUUCAGAUUUCUAGGUGUUGCUCUUCCGUCUCCGGUGCCGACACUCGAUAUAUCGGUUCGUGAGUUGUUCGCUGUUGUAGUCGCUAUUCCUAUCCCUUCUGCUCCUUCUGAUGUUGUUGAUCCGGCCCCUCCGUUUCGGAAUGCUGCUGCUGCUGCCGCUGAGGCCAUUGAAUUCCUGAAAACGGGCUCUUCGACAGGGGCGACGUUAUCAAAAUCGCGCGCUUGAUUGGGUCCCCACAUUUGAUGGCCAUUAUUCGUAUUUUGAUUGCUUAUAGAAUUGCUCAGGGAGCGGCGAUUCGAAAAACUCAUUGUCGACAUGCUUGGCUGUUUGGGGAUUCUCGAGCUACCGGCAACGACAUUGCUGGUGCUACUAUUAUUGGUUGUUGAUGCACGGUUACUGUUAAGAUUAUUUCGGGACAAAUUGCGCAGGCUUCCUGGCAAAAAUGCCGCUGCUGGACCACCGCCACCUCCAGAGGCACCACCAUCGCGUCGGUCGUCACCGUGAUAAAGACCUGGUUGUUUGGCGUCGAGACGUUUCUUCAGCCAUACGGCUCCGGCGGCAAGUGCGGAGAAACCGAUCACCAGGAUGAUCAACAUUAGUACCCAUUGCCAGUGAGUGGAGAACCUAUACCCGAAACACCGGUCGACGAUGAUGAGGUCCCUUUGCGCGCAGGCGCGGUGGUAGUACUUGUAGUAGAGGUGGUACUAGUUGUCCUGGAGACAGUCGACGUCGUGGCAGUCGCUGUAUUAGUCAAAGUGGACCGGAAUCCACCAGCGCAAUAACUUUUAUACCAAUUGAUCAACAGCUGUUGAUCUGAAGCAGACGUGCAGGUGGGACACAUGGAAGCGGUAUACGGCAGACCCGAGAUCAGGGAUGACUGGCAAAAGCAAGAAACGUAGGUAUCGGUAUUGCUGACUCUAGCCUGGGGCGGGACACAGGCUGAUUGAGCCUCGAGGAGGAGCUGACAUUGGAGGCCGCAUGCUGGGAAAUUUGAGGUUG